CACCUGUUUGAGAUGCGAUGUGUCGAGUGAGGUUUUAAACGACAAUGAAAAGACUUCACUGACAACAAAGCGCCGAGCCAUGCGGGGAGCAAAGCGUGGUGUCAUUGCCAUUCUCUCUUUGGACACAUGCUGGAACACCGACUGCUCCAAUAUAAUGGAGCCUACUGGAGGCAUGAGACAGGAAAUAGCAGCGGUGCAGGUCUACCUGAAGAGGCUUCUGGAAAUGGCCGGGAAGCUGGAAUCUCACAAGGUCGAGCUGUUUGCCGACAGGCUAGGCGUCGCGCUGCGUGAGACCUUCUCAGGACACUGGUACCCCGAAAACCCCAGCAAAGGACAGGCAUACAGGUGCAUCCGAGUCAACAGGUUCAACAAGGAGGAUCCAGUGAUCCUCCGUGCCUGCAGAGAGAGUGGAGUUCAGUACAGUGACCUGGGACUGCCCUAUGAAUUCACACUGUGGGUGGAUCCUGGGGAGGUCUGGUGCAGGUACGGAGAAGGCAGUAUGAUCUUCUCAGUGGCUACUUUCUCCAGUGACGGGGAACAGGACAAACAGUGACAUGGAACUUACACUCAGAUUCUUCCACAAAAAAGAGAGGACAUGCACUCCCCCCUCUUAUCAUUGACACCAGCCACUGUUCCAAGGGAUUAAACCCAGAUGCUCCUCAGUGGUAUCCAAGGAAAAACAUGAACCCUCCCUACUACGAAGGCAGUUACUGCUCAGAGACUCGGUCAGGAUACACAGAUGGGUCACAGUGGAUUUUGUUUGUGUUGCCAAAUAGUGUGUAAGUUUUUUUUCUCCCCCAAAAACGAAUAAAUGUAUAAAUAAUAAAUUGUA